AUUCGAUUCGACGCCGCCUCUUGCAUCAUCCAUCGAUCGAUCGAAUCGCUCCGAGCGGGUGGAGAUUCCAUGGCGGAUCGGGGCUCGCAGGAGGUGGAGAGAGCUCGGCUGCUGAGCUCGGCUCUCGAGUUCGGCUUCGACCAGCAGUCCGCCAGCAACUGCUUGGACCGUCUCGUUUCCCUCUACGGUGACGAAGGUCGAGAGUUUAUCACUGUGGAGCACUGUGGCGAUGGUUUUCUGGCAGAACUUGCCGAAACUAUGCAAGACACUGAGGAUUGGGAUGAUUUGCAAGCUGCGGAAUCAGAAGCUUGUGGAGUUUUGACUGACAUGUUUGGCCAAGAUGUCCCUAAUGACGGCAAAUGCAAUGUUGUGCAUGAUGUUAAUAUUAUAGAGGAUUCUCCACAACCUAAGAAAAAUCAAACAUUUCUUGAGGUGGAUUCUUCUACUGAAAGUGAAGACGAAGAUGAUACAUUUGGCAGUGCUCGAAGCAAUUCGUCCACUCAACUUCUGGCCAGACGAUCUUUAGAAUCAAUGGACUGUAAGAGCACUGUCACUCAUGGUUCGAUAUCAUCAGUUUCAAAUAAAGACGUUGCUCUCAGAUUUCGACAUGCAAACAAGGAAUUCUGAGUUUUGAGGAAUUGCAAGCCUUGGAUGACAUAGAAUUGGCAAAUGUUGUAAUAUUCAGAAACAAGGCAUUUCGACCAAUGCAGCAUCAGGCUUGUAAAGCUUCUGUAGCCAAGCAAGAUUGUUUCAUUCUCAUG